AGAAGAAGAGACCAUCAUCUCGGCGACACGAAACAGCCGCCGCGAGAUAGUUCAUAAUCGCCCGUGGCUCGCGCCGGAUCGAUCGAGGGAUCGCGCGCGAGUGCGAAAAUCCGCGCGAAACCUCCUCGUGAUUCUUAUUUUCGCGAGCAAGAAAGGGUAAGAGAGAAAAAGAGAGAAGCGAAGAACCCGCGGAGGAUCACUGUUUCCGCUCUCUUCUUGUUUCCCGGGAAGACGGGAGAACGGCGGUGACAACGGCGGCCGAUUCGUCGUGAAAUCGCUCGAGGAACAUGAUCCGCGUAGACGAGUCGGAUCCGGUGGGAGAGAUCGAGCCCAGCUUCCCCUAUAGAGACGUGACGAUACGCCGAGGUGUCGAGUUCAAGGACGAUUAUGACAUCCAGUCGGAGCUCGGACGGGGAAAAUUUGGAAUCGUUUACCGAUGUAAGGAGAAAACAGGCGGCUUGAUGCUCGCCGCGAAAGUGGUGAACGUCAUGAGGAAGGAAGACAGACGUGCUGUGCAAAGAGAAGUAGACAUCAUGCGACGCUUACAGCAUCCACGAUUGAUUCAGCUGUACGAUGCCAUUGACACGGGGAAACAGAUAUAUGUCGUUCUAGAAUUGAUCGACGGCGGUGAGCUUUUUGAGAGAGUGAUAGACGACGAUUUCGUACUGACGGAACGCAGCUGCGCCGUUUUUAUGCGGCAGAUAUGCGAGGGAAUAGAAUUCAUGCAUGGUCAAAAGAUUUUGCAUCUCGAUUUAAAACCGGAGAAUAUACUAUGCCUGACGAAGGAAGGUAACAGAAUCAAAAUCAUCGAUUUUGGCCUGGCGAGGGAAUACGAUCCGAGUAAGAAACUACAAGUGUUGUUCGGUACGCCUGAGUUUGUUGCCCCCGAAGUCGUAAACUUUGAUCAAAUUGGAUUUGGUACUGACAUAUGGAGUAUAGGUGUUAUUUGUUACGUAUUACUGUCCGGUUUAUCACCGUUUAUGGGCGACACGGACAUUGAGACAAUGGCGAAUGUCACCAUCGCAAAGUACGACUUUGAUCACGAGGCCUUCACCGAGAUCUCGGAAGAUGCCAAGGAUUUCAUAAGAUGCCUUCUGGUGAAAGACAAAGAAAAGCGAAUGACUGCGGCGCAAUGUCGGGAACACCGAUGGCUGGCCCGAAAAAUGAACAAGCCCAAGAGCGAGAAGGAGGUCGCGGGAUUGGCGGCGGCCAAACGGACGGCCUUUAUCGAGAAUCGUCCUGUCAUCGGUGUCGUCGACGAUAACGGCAGAGAGGAGCUGGACGUGACCAAGGACAAUCUCAGACUGUUCGUCGAGCGUUGGCGGGAACAUCCGGACAGCCCGUACACGAUCGACUCGUAUCACGCGUUGCCGAGGAACCUGCUUCGCAGUCGCGACGAAUCCAUAUCCAUGCGGGGUCACAGUCCCUCACCCUGCGACAGCCUUCGCAGCAGCAGCACGCAAUCGGAGAGGGUGACGGACCCUGCAACCGUGAGAGAUAAUUCUAGCCACUUGUUGUCCGUGCCGAGUCUCAGCUUGUCCUUGGAGAGGAGAGCUUCCGAAGGUACGGCCGCGCGAAACCGUCGCGAUCCCGCCAGCCAGAUCGCUCUGGCCGAGGAGAUCAUCAAGCUGUCCGAGCAUUUGCGCUCGAUCGCCAUGGGGUCGCGGGUGAAUGAGGAAAAUAACGGAGGCCCAAUGGAAGCGCAGCGGUUCACCAGGAGGCCCGGUGAUGUCGGGAAUAAUCGCGAUACCUACUCGAGGAGUAAUGUUAAAGUGACGUCUCACGUCGAUAAAGAGACCAACGAGAUCACGGAGAAACUGUCUAGUAUCACUCGGCAGCGAAAGCUCAACGGAACGACCUUUCAUAGUAGCCGCAGCUUCGACAGGCACAAUCUCGAUCCAAAUUUCGGUAACGUGUUCGUGGCCCUGAGGAGAACGAGCAUCGGCGAUGGUGAUAUGUCCGAGAGACGCAAGGAUUCGCGAAAAUAUUCCCUCGAACGAACGACGAUCACCGAGACGAUCGAUGAGAAGUUCAACGGGGAGAGGAUCGGGAGAGGUAGGAGGUCUUCCACCGGCGCGGAGGAAAUGGACCUGACGCCCCCGUGGCGACGGUCCCGCGUGAAACGAUCCUUCGGCGAGACCAGCAGGGAUGUUCCACGGAUAUCGAAUUUGCGGGACCUGCACAAGAAUCUGAACUUGGACGAGCCGGGCAGCACGAAGGACCUACUGUUGCAUCUGUUGGGCGAAUGGGAGGAAGUCACCACAAUGUCCGGCGGCAGCGGCGGCGGAGUCGGCGGCGGCGGCGGUGGUGGUGUCGGUGUCGGCGGCGGCAGAAAGUCCGUCAGCCUGGACUGGUGCGGGGCCGACACGAUCGCUAGGAGGACGAUGAAUUCGUUGGCGCAGUACUUCCAGUCGAAGCAACAGGAAACGAAAUCUCCCGACGUCGCGUCAUCCACGUCGCCGUCGAUACAUCGUUGAACGACACGUCCGCGCUUGCAGUUUGCGCACUUGCGAAUGGUUCGUGGACCGGAUCAGGAAAAUGCGCGGCGUUAACGAUCUUUGCUCUCUUCUUACGAUCGUAAUUUCGUUUAUUUCGGAACAAUUUGACUCUCAAAAUGAGACAUACGCCUAUAAUAAUAUACUUAGUAGAUGAUUCGCAAAGAUUAAUCUAUGAAAAUGUGAAUCUUUGAUCUUCAAAGUCGGGAAAUGAUUUUAUUAUUCAACCCCUUUCAAUCCAUCUUAUAAUUAAUUAUUUUUUAACAAACACUUACGAAUGACAAACAAGUGCAUUCUUAUUUCAUAUUCUUUAAAUAAUAAAAUUUUUAAGAAAAAAUUAGAAGAGAGAAGAGUUUUUUAAACGAAACAAAGUUAAGUUUUAAUUAUCUUAACGCCUGUUUAACUUCGGUGUCCGACUGAAUCUUGGAUUCACAUCCGUUUCUGCAGAUGUGUUUUCACAAUUAAAAACAAGUCAGAAUCUUGCAAUUUCGUGACAUUUCAUAAAAUAAUGUAUAUAUACAUAAAAUGUCGCGAAAGUGUAAGAGACCGUAAAGUCCUCUAUUAUUAAACUUGAAAUAGACACAAUUUUGAUGGAUAUUUGUAAACGGAGAGUUAAAUUUGGAUAAUAAGGAUGAUAUAUAGGUUUAUAUUACUUUAAGCAAAAUUCUCGAUAACUGUGUACCAUCGAUACACCCUCAACUCAAUAUUUUUAUAUGUCGUCAGUACAAUUUAAUUAAUUUUCAAGGAGCCUAUAUCUACAAGGAAUUUCGAUUUGAUUCCUUGCAAGCUAAUAAAUCUAUCGUGCAGACAUUUUCAACAGAAAGAACGGCGCAAAAUUCGUCGUUCCGAAUUUAAAUAUCCUUUUUUUCUGCAAACAACAAUUUCUCAACAAGCGUUCCAGAGGGAAACCCUUAUAUUUAAUAUACUGUUAUUUAUUAAUAGAAUUAAUCGGAUAUAUUCUCAUGUAUUAUAAUAAUAACAAUUAUGAGAGAGGCAUAAUAGAUUAAGUCUAGAAUUUUUUACUCAUUGUCAGUAUAUAUAUAACAUAUAUAAUGUUGCACGAAAUUUGCAGGAGAGCUGAUUGAAAUAACAUAUACAUUCACGCACAUGUUUCUUGUUAAAUAUAGUCACAUGUUCAUAUUUUAUAUCUAAUAUAUAAAUCACAGAGUACUCUAUA